GCCUGAGGGGAUUUCUCGGGGCUGGGCCGCCCGGAAACCGAAAGUCGGAGCGGGGCGGCGCAGGAAGGUUCGCGAACGCCCGCGGGCGUCCACGGCGGCUCCGGCCGGGGGGGGUCCCGGCCCGGGUCAGCGCGCCGCGCGUUCUCCCGCUCCCGGCGCGGCUGCCGGGAAGCCGCCGGCGGCCUGUGCGCCCCGUGGCCGGCGCCCGACGCCAGCCCGCAGCGGGGCGCUGACCUGCGGGUCGCGCCGGCUCGCCGCUCUCUGCCCGCACCCGCUGCGGGGCCGGGAGGCUCCUCGGGUCGGCUCUUCGCGGGGGCCCUUGGACGUCCGGGGCUGGGCGCCGGGCGGCGCGGAGGGGAAAGGCAGCCCGCCGCCCGCGCUUGUUUCUCGCGGAGGGCGCUUCACGGACCGUGGCGUCCUGGGCCGCGGCCGCUCCCGCGUGCUGUUCUGAGCGCGUUCGCCUGCCGCAGCAGCGAGCACCACCUGUGACUUUGGACUCCCGAGCCGCUGAACUGACAGCCCCCGGGGGAGCGGGGAGGGUCCGUUAACCCGCCUUUUGUGCGUCCUGGGUGUCGUGCAUCCCACUCGUGCCGUACGUCAGCUGGAGAAGGAAAACGGUAUCGAGAAAACCAGGAGGGACAGAGGCACCUUUACAGCCCCGAGCUGUUAACAACGUGUGUGUCCGAGCCAGAUGCCUGUGGUUCAAGCAUCCCCCGGACCGUUUCGGCGCCUGUCCCAGCCCCGUGGCCUCCCGGCGCCUGUGAGUACAGGCGGGGCGUCCCGCGUGUCCGCAGGAGCUGGGGGAGAGUCCCAGGGUGGGUGCUGAGGACGUGGAGAUGGCGUCCGGCACUGGGGCACGGACUCUGCAGUGGGGCGACUCAGAACCGCCUGUGCCGGGGUCCGUGGCAGUGGAGAGCCCAGGACAGCGGCGUGCGGGAGAGCAGACGCCCUACCUGGAGCCUGGCAGCGUGGGAGGGCCGUGGUGUCUGUCCACUCAGUGGCGGGGUUUAGGUGGAAGGCUCAACCAACCUCACGUCGUUGCUCCUGUGAUCUACGUGCCCGGUAUUCACUAAUGCUUGAAUCUGAAACCAAACGCUAAGAGUUGCCUAGCUUCAAGCCUUUUGCAAGCCACAGAGGCCCUCAGUGCUUCUAGUGGUGGCUUUUCCACACAUCUGGGCGGCCCCUCUCCCUGGGUGCCCGGUUCUCAGAAUAAAGCCCAGCCCCCCGAAGCCGUAGCCCCCAAAGGCGUGCGCUGGGACGUUGGGCACAUUGGGCCUCUGUGCAGGUCCUUUUUUUUGGUAAUAUUUAUUUGAGAGAGAGUGAGGGCACUUGAGCAGGGGUGGAGUGGGGCAGAGGGAGGGAGAAUCUCCAGCAGGGGACACGGAGCCUGACACAGGGCUCGAUGGAUCCCGAGAUGAUGACCUGAGCCAAAACCAAGAGUCAGACACCUAACCGACCACGCCCCCGGGCGCCCCUGUGCUGGUCCUUCUGCUUGCAGGUGCCUCCUGACCUGCGCAGUCUGCGCCACAUAGCCUUCCAGUGCUCUGCGGCGUUGCAGACCUCUGCGUCCUGUGGCCGCAGUGUGCUGUGUGGUCCCAGCCCGUUACCUGCCUCAGUGUCCUCAGCACCGCGCCUAGUGGAGGGCAGGAGCCUGUAAAGACGUGCAGCGGCUCUGUGUGCCCCUCGCUGCUGCGCGCCUUGCUGGCUCCCUUGGGGGCCUUCAGCUGGGGCUUCUCUCUCUAUUGAGUGGGUUUUAAACUUCCCCGGGGAAAUAAACGUAAACGUCGUUUCUUUGGGGACCUAAAGGAGCAGGUUGCCGCAGUGGUUAUAAUUUGGGGACUAGAGCACAGGACUUACGGUGGUCACUUGUUCCGGGAGAAAGCAUGGUCUCCGGGAACAUGAAGGCCUUUUCACUUUGUGUUUGGAGAAUCAGAUCUGGGUCCCUCUCUGGCAGUGGGAAAUGCCAGCCUGCCCACCCUCCCACCAGCGUGGUCAGCUCACUGGCGUGUGGAUGUCCACGGCAGGACAUCAUGAACGUGUGGAGAGGCAAAGGCAAGGAGGUCCAGAGAAGAAAAUCCAGAGAAAUCACCCCCGGACUGCACACGUGAUGCCAGGAAUGGGGUGCACGUCUUCGUUGUGUUCUGGAGUCCAGGCCUGUGCUUUGCUGUGCCAUUCUCCAUGCGCUGGGCCUGCUCCUUCACGGGGAUGGGUGAGGGCCCCUCUCUAAGGGGCCUGGCCCUUGCGUCCACAGGGAAGACAUGUCACUGUCCCACCACAGUCUCCACCCCUGCACAGAGGGUCUGAGCCUCGGAGGAGGGUGCAAGAGGCAGACUCCGGAAGCUGUCCAGGGUCUGAGCAGGAACGGGCUUGUUCCUGGCAGGGCCCCGGGGGCAAGUGGAGCAGGUGGUCUUGUGACCCGGUUGUGGUUUCGGAAGGCCGUGGCGGUUUGCGGCUCUCAUGGCUGCAGCCAGCGUGACCCCUCCCGGCUCCCUAGACUUGUUGCAGCCUGGCUUCUCGAAGACCCUCCUGGGGACCAAGCCGGAGGACAAGUACCUGUGCUCGGCCUGCAGGAACGUCCUGCGCAGGCCUUUCCAGGCACAGUGUGGCCACCGCUACUGCUCCUACUGUCUGACCAGCAUCCUGAGCUCCGGGCCUCAGAACUGCGCUGCCUGUGUUCACGAGGGCAUAUAUGAAGAAGGCAUUUCCAUUUUGGAAAGUGGUUCGGCUUUCCCAGACAACGCUGCACGCAGGGAGGUGGAGAGCCUGCCGGCCGUCUGUCCCAGCGACGGUUGCACCUGGAAGGGGACUCUUAAAGAGUAUGAGAGCUGCCACGAAGGACACUGCCCGUUCAUGCUGACCGAGUGCCCAGCGUGCAAAGGCCUGGUUCGCCUGGGGGAGAAGGAGCGCCACUCGGAGCACGAGUGCCCGGAGAGAAGCCUCAGCUGCAGGCACUGCCGGGCGCCCUGCUGCUGGGCGGACAUGAAGGCACACCACGAGGUCUGCCCCAAGUUCCCCUUGACUUGCAAUGGCUGCGGCAAGAAGAAGAUCUCACGGGAGAAGUUCCAGGACCACGUCAGGGCGUGCGGCAAGUGCCGGGUCCCGUGCAGGUUCCACGUCGUCGGCUGCCCCGAGAUGGUGGAGAGUGAGAAGCAGCAGCAGCACGAGGCCCAUUGGCUCCGAGAGCACUUGGCCAUGCUGCUGGGCAGCCUCCUGGAGGCCAAGCACCUCUCAGGAGCAGGUGGCCCCUUCCUGGGCCAGAGCGAGGUGGGGGGCUGGGAAGCCAGCACGCUGCACCCCGAGCUGGAGCUCUCCAAGGCCGCGGAGCUGCGGCAGCGGUGUGAGGCCCUGGAGAGGAAGACGGCCACCUUUGAGAACAUCGUCUGCGUCCUGAACCGGGAGGUGGAGAGGGUGGCCAUGACCGCUGAGGCCUGCGGCCGGCAGCACCGGCUGGACCAGGACAGGAUCGAGGCCCUGAGUAACAAGGUGCAGCAGCUGGAGAGGAGCAUCGGUCUGAAGGACCUGGCGAUGGCCGAGCUGGAGCAGAAGGUCCACGAGAUGCAGGCGACCACCUUCGACGGCGUAUUCGUCUGGAAGAUCUCCGACUUCGCCAGGAAGCGUCAGGAAGCCGUGGCUGGCCGCACGCCCGCCAUCUUCUCCCCAGCCUUCUACACGAGCAGGUACGGCUACAAGAUGUGUUUGCGCAUCUACCUGAACGGAGACGGCACCGGGCGCGGGACACACCUGUCUCUCUUCUUUGUGGUGAUGAAGGGCCCCAAUGACGCCCUCCUGCGGUGGCCCUUCAACCAAAAGGUGACCUUAAUGCUGCUUGACCAGAACAACCGGGAACACGUGAUUGAUGCCUUUAGACCCGACGUGACCUCAUCCUCUUUCCAGAGGCCAGUCAGUGACAUGAACAUCGCCAGCGGCUGCCCCCUCUUCUGCCCCGUCUCCAAGAUGGAGGCCAAGAAUUCCUACGUGCGCGAUGAUGCCCUCUUCAUCAAGGCCAUUGUGGACCUGACGGGGCUCUAGCCGCCUCCCACCAGGGUCGGGGGUCGGGGGUCAGGAAUAGCUGGGCCUGACGGCUUGGUGAGGAGCCACCACCCUGGGCCUGAGCCUCGCGGAGGGUGGGCACCUGCUGCGUUCAUGUCCCGCUGGGAAGGGGCCGCCUCCUGGGAGAGGCCGCUCCGCCCAGGCCACGUGGGGUGGGCUGCAGGCCUGUUGGUACCUGCCGGUGGGCCGUCUGUGUAGGCGCUCGGGGCAAGGUGAGCAGAGGGGCAGGGUGAGCUGGUACCUUGGCCCGCCCUCUGGCCUGGACAGGAGGGACGUUCUCAGGCCUGGCCACUACUCUGAGGAGAGGCCCUGCUGUGCAGGCCCAGCCAGGCCACGGGCAGGGAGGGCGCUCUGUGUCCUCCGGACAUCCUGUCGGCUGCCCCUGUGGUGAGUGUGGGGUGCACAGUGGGCCCUGCUGCGAGAUGGGGUGGGUUAGCUGCCCCGUCGGGCUGUGGAGAAGUCAUUAUUAAACUGUUAAAUCUCGGGGAGAGUGGUGUCCAUUUGCCUCUGGCCUUGGUGGCGGUGACCCUCACGGGGCCUCCUGGCUCUGUGCCCUCCCGUGGCCCCCUCCCCACAAGUCACCAGGUCCCCGAGCAGUUACGGGGGUUCCCUGACGCUGCAGGCUCGCUCCUGCUAUUCUUUUUUCUGGGCUGUUCUUUGCCAGCUAGCUCUUCCUCCCUCAGGCCUCCCCAGGGGCUGCCUCGAGAGCAGGUCCACGUGUGUCCCUGCCGUUCCCCGCAGGGACCUCUGGUGCUGGGAGGGCGGCCAGUAGAUCCUUCUGCGUUUGCCUACCCUGAACCAGGACUUGUCCAGGCGCCAGGCAUUUCCUCCCACCGGGGGCCGGUAGUUCUGGCACCCUGACCACAGGCCUGAACCUCCGUGAGACCUGGGUCGGGGCCUCAGCCCUGGGCGGUGUGGGAGGGACUGGGGCAGACUCGGGUCCUGGCUGGUGGCCGUCUGCACCACGCUGCUGGUGGCCCCUCGUUCUCAGAACCGCCUGGUUCCAGAGGGCCAGGCGGGGGGCUGCCCAGGCGUCUUUGUAGAGAACCCGCGACACGUUUGACUUCCCCUGACGCCGUGACUCACUUCUGUGUGUCGAGAGUUGAUGUGACAGAAAAGCACUGAGAAGAAAGAAACGAGCCUAGGACAUGUGCUGUCGUGCUAAGAGAAACGCAGCAGAAAAGUGAAGCCCUUCCGGGCCCUUCCCUGCCAGCUCUCCAGAGCGCCAUCCUCAUGAGUUGCUUCUCUCCUGCGUUUCCACAGACGAGACCACAGAGUCUUCUCCAGCAGGAAACCUUGCGCUGAGCUGGUGCUAAAUUGACCGCACCCACUUGUCAGCCCUGCCUCCAAGCUGCAGGGCACAGACUGCCCGCGUCAGGCUCCUGACCUGGGAGCACAGGGGCCUGGUGGGCUGCGGAGUCCAGAGACUCGCCUGCCGCCCUUGUCCACCUGUCUCCUGGGUUGUCAGUCUUGUUCUCUUACUGUUGGCAAGACUGGUCCUUGAUUGUGUCUUUGAACUGUGUUAGCGUAUGGGAACCUAAAACAUAAAUAUGAUGAGUUGGGUAGUA